AACGUUUCAAGUUCUUCAUACGGAAUUAAUAGGUCUCUGCUCCGGUCUGAUCAGGAAGGAAGACGCCUUCAGAGAGCUAUGGAUAAUCCAUUUGAAGAUGAAAAAAUCCAAAAAAUUAAAGAAAUUAUGACAGCUGAAGGAUCUGCCGCAGCGGCUGCAAAGAUCCAGGAGUGUUUGGAUGAGCAGAAUAAUAUUCCGCUAAAUAUUGGCAUCACAGGAGAGUCUGGUUCUGGUAAAUCCACCUUUGUUAAUGCCUUUAGAGGCGUAGACAACAGGGAUGAAGGAGCUGCUCCAACUGGUUGUGUAGAAACCACCAUGGAGCCUACACCAUACCCCCAUCCUAACUUCCCCAACGUCACACUGUGGGAUCUUCCAGGUAUUGGCAGCCCCAACUUUCUAGCUGACGAAUACCUGCAGCAUGUUGGAUUUAAAAGGUUCGACUUCUUCAUCAUCGUCUCAUGUGAUCGCUUCAAAGAAAAUGAUGUGAAGCUCGCUCUGGAGAUUCAGAAGAUGAAGAAAAAGUUCUACUUUGUUCGCUCGAAGAUUGACGAUAACUUACGUAAUGAAGAAAGAAGUCAGAGGGAGUUCAACACAGAGAAAACUCUUCAAGAGAUCAGGGAAAACUGCAUUCAAGGUUUUGUAAAAAAAGGUGUUGAGUCUCCACAACUUCCUGCACACAAGAAGUAUGUUCUGCUGUUGGCCAUUCCCAACAUCAGCCUGGAGGUCAUCAGGAAGAAGAAAGAGGCUUUACAAACUAAAAUAAAGUUCUACGCCUCUGCAUCUGCACUUGCAGCAGCUGUACCCAUCCCUGGGCUCUCUUGUGCUGCUGAUUUGAUAAUGCUGGCUGCUGUCAUUAAAGGGUACCAAGUUUCUUUUGGUCUUAAUACUGAGUCACUGCAGAAUCUUGCUUAUCGUACAAAAGUGCCAUUGGAGGAUCUCAGAGCAGUGAUGACGUCACCACUGAGUGCAAAAAAACAAAACAUAGAUUUGAUCGUUAAGGUGUGUUUUUCUGUGAUUGAUCUUGCUAUAAUGAUAGCAAAGGAAAGGUUCAGAUUUGUUCCAUUCAUUGGAAUCCCAAUAGCAUCGACCCUCUCUUCUGCCUUCACCUACAGAGCUCUCAGUUCUUCCCUUGACAUGCUUGCUGAGGAUGCACAGAAGGUGUUUGAAAAGGCUCUGGGUUUGAACACAGCAGUGUGA